CAAUCCCCUUUCGCAGAAGAACCCUCAAGAUCACCUUCUCGGUCACAAUCACAAUCACUAUACCCAACCCAACCCAACCAACGGAACGGGUACAAUCGACCGGGGGCAUGAUGUCAGUUGCCCUAACCCCGAAGCGGCCUAGCGUCGCUCGCCCCUCUGACUCCGCCAUCCCAGGGCUCGAGAAGCUUCCGUGGCGUCGAUAUAAAUUCGGCGGGCCUUGAACAUCCCUCCUUACGACACCUCACACGAUCAACCGCUACCACUCCCACGACCGCCACCCUCGCAUCCCACCCACCAUUCUCACCAACCCAACCCUUCUCACCCGAACCUCACCGUCUACCUUCAAAAUGUCCGACUGGGACAACGUCACCCGCAUUGGAACCAGACACACUGGUGGCCCUGCCACCCGCGAGACCGUCGUCAAGGGCAAGAGCGCCUUGAACGCCGCUCAGCGUCAGGGUCUGGUCAUCGGUACUGAGAAGAAGUACGCCACUGGCAAUGCUUCCGCCCGCUCCGGCGCCGGCGAAGGCCAACACCUGACCAAGGUCGACCGCAGCGACGACAUCGUCAAGCCCAAGACCGUCGGCCUGGCCGUGGCCGACGCCAUCAAGAAGCGCCGUAACGAGGACCCCUACAAGAUGACCCAGAAGGAACUCGCCACCAAGUGCAACACCACCAUCACCAUCGUGCAGGACUUCGAGCGCGGUACCGCCACCCCGGACCAGAAGGUCCUCGGCGCCAUGGAGCGCGUCCUCAACGUCAAGCUCAGAGGUGCCGGUAUCGGGCAGGAGAAAUUCCCCAAGAAGAAGUAAAUCAUGUCCGGGGGUGAGCCUGGUUGCUUUUUCUAGGGGUGUUGGACUGGACAGGUUUUCUUUAUUUUGAGGGGGUUUUUUUUUGACUAUUACGCACACCUUUUGGGUGCUUUACAUUAUGAUGCCUUUUUUCUUCACUUUUUUUUUUU